GUCCGCAGGUCGAGCAGGCCGACGCCGUGGCGAAAUUUCAGAUUGAAUUUUCAGUUCGUGCAGCGAGGUCGAUCGCGUAGAUUGUGGUUGGAAGGCGCGAGCAGGUUUCUCGUGGUGUUGGUUAAAAGGAAUGUUUUGUUGCUCUCCGGCACCGCUCGAAUACCUCGCUAGGAAUUUUUCUCUAAAGGUCAACUAUGUCGACGCUGUAGCGAGUUCAACGGGUGUUUGUCUGCGCUUACGGUAGUGACUCGGAUUCCCUUGUGAAUAAUUCCUCUUUGUCUCUUUGGUCUGCAUGGAGCUUGGAUAGUGACGGGCAUUUCUUGAGGAAGGAAGUACGGAGAGAGGAACAUGAAGGACGAGAACGAUGACUCGUCGAAUCAGUCGGUCCUGAACGCCGGCCUGCUGAUGAUUCCGAGAAGGGCACCAGGAGUAUCCCUGCUGAGGCCCGUCGUCGGCGUGAACCAGCACAAAAGAGCCGGCUCUACCGGCACAACCGGUGACGAGUCCUAUACGACCGACGAAGAGGACGAAAUCGACGAGCCCGAUAUCACUAUCAGGGAUCACGUGACCCGUAAACUGUUCCAUGACCCGAGCGAUUUCGGAUCGUUCUCAGAUAUCGCCACCAUAACGGACAAGGUCCGGCACUUGAGCGUGAUGCACCGGAACAGUUCGGACAGUUCGGUGUACAGCGAAAGGGGAGGUCCGGAAGAUUUUGACGGAGGCAUUUCUUCAUGUUGCGACACCAAAGACAACGACAGCGACAGCAAAAGCGGGGCCAGCAGCCGGGAGGGAUGGGCGGCUGGGUCGAAGGAAGAAGCCUUUGUCAGGCUGCAGGACGAACUGCGGCUGGCCAAUCGCGAGUUGAAAGUGCGCGACCAAGAGCUGACUAGGCUCAGCAGAAUGCGACAGGAUGUCGAAUCUGAACUAGAAGAUCUGACAGCUAGUCUGUUCCAGGAGGCACACAAUAUGGUAAGAGAGGCGAACGAGAAGCAGGCAAGCGCGGAAAAGGCUCUCAAGGAAAGUCAAAUGAAAGUAGAUGUGCUCACAGCCGAAGUUGCAGCUUUGAAAACUCUAGUCUUAACAUCGACGCCUAGCUCUCCAAAUCCUCAUUUACAUCCUCAAAUCGGAAAUUCUAAGGAUGACGCUGCUGGUGUGGCUUUAUUCACGAAAAAACAUCGUCGAUCACCUUCGCACUUCAAUCUCAAAUAUGGCAGGGAAAGCUCUCCACCUGACUCGCCGGUCAAAGAAGUGGUUCAUUUUUCUUGCGAAGUCGAAAGCAAAGAAGGUUUAGAGGUCGAUCCAGUGUUCCAUAAAGCAUUUCUGUUGUGGCGUAAAAACCCAGUUUUGGAAAAAAGUGAUCCAUUUAUUCAACAAUUAUACAGGGAAGACAUCAACUUAUGUCUGUGUUUCAGUAACAUAGAUUUGUCUGAAAAAGUCAGUCACGCUGUUGAAUCUGGAACAAUACUGGUAGAGGCUAUCAGUGACAAAACAAAGGCUAUGUUUCCUAAAAAAUGUGCAUUGCUGGACGUGUCAAGGUUAUGUUUUUAUAGAAUGAAUAUUGGAGAACCAAAUGAUUGGUAUAGCAUAUCUCAAAUAUGUCGAAAUAGGAUAAUUGCUGUCUGUGAUUUUUUAAAUUAUCUGAAAUACAUCCAAAGAGGAUUGGUAAAAAGUUCUGCUCACGAUAUUUACUGGGAGAUUGUGAGACUGCGUAGAAAUAUGGCUCUCGCUAGACUGGGUCUAACAUUCUCAUGAAACAUCAUCAAAGCUAGAGCUGUACGUGCCAAAACUGCAAGCUUCUGUCAUUUAAGUAGAUCUGAUGUAAAAAAAACCAAAGACUAAUAUUAAGUUUCUAAAUUUUUAUCAGUACUUUGUAAAUAUUUCAAUAGUUGCAUAUAAUGAUAAAUAGAUUUAUAUUUUAAGCUGAA